AUGACGUCCGCUGUCGCUGGUGUCAAGAGGCCAUUUGCGGCGAUGGCCGUGGCCGAACUGGACGGACGGCACGCGACACCCGGCACUUCGCGAACGAGCCCUCCUCGGAGGAAUACUUCGCAGCAGGAUCUCUCCAAGAGCCCCCGAGCAAGGCCUGUAGAAAAAGUGAAGCUGGCGACCCCAAACUCAUCCCCUCCUCUGGCGAUACCCACGUCGAUUGACGCUGCGCACAUCUUCGAGCCCGAUGUCUCGAUUGUCCUUACCGGCAUUCGUGGAGCGGGCAAGUCCACACUCGCCAUCAUCGCCUCCACUGCAAUGAACCGGAAGGUGAUCGACUCUGAGAAAGUAUUCCAAGAGGCGACGGGCUUGUCAAGCUCUGCAUACAAGAAACAACAUGGCGGGGUCCAGUGCAGUCGGCGCAAGACUUCUGUGCUACGGGAGAUCAUGGUGGCACAUCGGAAGAACGCCAUCAUUGUGUGUUCCUGGAUGGAAAGAGAAGUGCAGGCCGUCCUCCGGGAGGCCACUGCCAACAGCCCGGUCCUCCUCAUUGUGCGCGACCCGCAGGCCAUCCACGAGCACUUGAAGGUGCCCGACGACUCCAAGUUCCGCGACCUACUCGCGGCCAGUGGCUAUGUCUUUAGGAGAUGCACGCAGUUUGAAUUCUUCAACGUCUCCGAGAUGACACAGGCGAGACCAUCGCACGCGGCCCAAAACGCAGCUACAGCAGAGCAGUUUGGAAGCCGGGCUCCUCCACCAUAUCUGGCACUCAAGCGAGCCGAACGACAUUUCCUCCGGUUUCUGUCUCUCAUUUUCCCUUCUGGAACGAUACCCUUCUUCGAGUCUGCCUUCCCACUCGCGGGAAUCCUCACCGAAGAUCGUCUAUUCACAUCUGCGGUCUCUGUCCCGUUCUCGUCACUCAUUUCCCAAGGCGUGAAUACGGAGGAGAUCGAGACUGGCUCCGACGCCAUAGAAAUCGUGAUCGACGACCUGAUACGCAAGAACCUGCCACAAUCGCGCGACUUGGGCCAAACAAGCCCCCCGAACGCGGUUGAGAUCAGCCAUGUCCUCGGCCAAAUCAGGAGAUCUACUCUCAUACCCGUCCUUUAUCACGUCGCCGUCACCGAAGCCAUACUAUCAAACGAGGUUCUGAGGGCACUCUACCUCUCUUAUGUCUGUCAUGGAUUUAGGCUGGCUCCUGAAUACAUCUCUGUGGACCUCCGUCUUGACGAAACUAUUCUUGCGCACGUCUGCCGCAUGAAGGGCAACUCAAAAAUCAUAGGCGACGUCCAAGAAAUGAGAGCGGAUAGCCCUGGCUGGAAGUCAUCCUCUUGGGUCUCUUACUACCGCACGGCGCAGAGGAUAGGCUGUGACCUAGUUCGCUUCACGCGGCCGGCGUCGGAGAUCACGGACAAUUUCGACAUUCGACACGUCCAAGCUGCCGUGGACGCAGAAGACGGUCCCAAACUGCCUUUGAUUAUCUACAAUACCGGGUUUCUCGGAAGAACAUCUGCAUGCUUCAAUCAGAUACUCACGUCUGUGGCACCAGAACCUCACGCGCAGGACAAGUCGAGCGGAAACGAGCUCACGGAAUACAUGCCGCCCUCGAUUACGGCAGUGCAGAAGACGCAGGCGCUCUACUCGUCCUUUGUCUAUGACCCCAUGAACUUGUUCGUCAUCGGAGCAAAUGUGGACUACAGUCUAUCUCCCGCCAUGCACGGUGACGCUCUUCAAGCGUUGGGGAUACCUUGCACAUACCACCCACGCUCCACCAACUCCGUCAACGUUCUCCUAGAGAUGGCUCAAGAUCCACAUUUUGCCGGUGCCUCACUUGGUUUGCCAUACAAGGUCGAGGUGAUGCACUUGCUAAAGUCCAUGAGUAUCCACGCGAGGGCCAUCGGAGCCGCGAACACUCUGAUCCCCAUGCGCUACAUCAACGAAGACGGGAGCGUACCCAAAACCCCUUUGCUAUUCAAAUACCAGAAUCGAUCAGGUCCUGUAAAGGGCCUCUACGGUGAGAAUACCGAUUGGAUCGGGAUGCGAGCGUGCAUCCGGCGAGGCUUGUCGCCAGCAAACGCUGUAAGGCCCAGCACUUCUGGGCUGAUCAUAGGAGCUGGAGGCAUGGCGAGAGCUGCGGCAUACGCCAUGCUACAGCUUGGCGUCAAGAACAUUGCAGUUCUGAACCGGUCCAUCGAUAAAGCACAGGCUUUUGUCGCACACUUCCAGAAAUUGCUUUUGGAAAAGGCCAUACCUCUCUCGGGUGAAACUGUGGAUGGCGACACCAAGUUCCAUGUCAUUGAAUCCCUAAGCCAUCCGUGGCCGGCCGACUUUAGACACCCGACGAUCAUCAUGUCUUGCAUACCUACAAAGAGCAACGACGAGAAUCCGCCACCCGACCUCAUCCUUCCCGAGGACUGGCUGAGCAACCCUACUGGUGGAGUUGUAAUCGAGCUAGCCUACGAAGUUGUGCGCACACCUUUAUUGAGUCAAAUCAGAGACAACGCACAUCGCGGUUGGGUAGCCAUGGAUGGCCUGGACACGUUACCAGAGCAGGGCUUUGCUCAAUUCGAACUGUUCACUGGUCGGCGAGCUCCACGCAGCGUGAUGCGUCGGGCGAUUCUCAAAGCAACGGGUGGUGACCAAGGGCGGUCUAACUUUGCGCAACUGCAACUUGCAAGCGACUCUUGA